AAUGAUGACUCCAUUUCUCCAAAAGCAUUUAACUUAAAUACAUGGCCAGCAGUCACGAGUCAGACUGACGACACCAUGUCCGACGGCAGACUCAUAAUUAUAUCUUUUCUCUACAUGAUCUGCUGAAACAAUAAGUGAGAAUUUCUUCCUGGCACUAUUCCAAAAAAUGACUGCAAUUAAACAAAUGCGCGCUCUAGCAAUUCGUGUCCCUCAGUCAUGCAUGACACGAACUCUACCAACCAUGAGAAGCAUGGCAACAAGGGUUUCAAUGAUCACCAAACAUCAGAAUGGGACUUCAACUCGUCUGGGAUAUUUCCUUGCUCUAUCUACACCUAUUAUUCUUAGCAUGGCCCUGUACAACCGCCAACAGGGUUCAGUUCAGAUGGAUUCAGAUCAGACCCAAACGUUCAAAGGGCCUGAUCCAACCCUGACGCCCCAGGCAAAAGAAACAGAAUUACUGCAUGCAGACGGUUGCAAUUUGGCAGGGGAAGAGCCUAUUGAUAUAUCAAAGAUCCCAAAAGAGGAAGCAAUACUCACAACCGCGCCCAAUGUCCCCCCUCAAAUUACCCGAGACUACCCCGUCGUCCUCCAAGUCCCUCUCACAACUAACACCAAGAUGAAACAAUUAACAAGCCAAUACAAAUAUGAACAAUGGAACUUCAAUGGUACUGUUCCUGGGCCAUUCAUCCGAGCUCGAGUGGGCGAUGUGGUGGAACUCUCGUUGACGAACAAUGAUGAAACGGGCAACCCGCACAACAUCGACUGCCAUGCUUUUCUGGGUCCUGGAGGGGGUUCGGCCUUAACGACGACCGAAGAGGGUCAGACCAAAUCUGCCAGGUUUCGACUCAUGUUCCCGGGUUUAUUCAUGUACCACUGUGCUGCAGCACCAGUGCCCGUGCAUAUCGCCAAUGGGAUGUAUGGCCUCAUGUACGUGCAGGCAGCAGAUGGUGAUCUCCCCCCAGUGGAUCAUGAAUAUUAUGUGAUGCAAAGCGAGUUUUAUCACGAGCCGCCUGAUGUUGGGGAUGACGGACGGCCAUCGUCACAGGUUGAGUUCUCAUACCCCAACGCACUGCGCGAGGAACCAAAUGUCGUUGUCUUCAAUGGGCAUGAGGCCGCAUUAACGAGAGACAAACCCCUCAAGGCCCGCGUUGGCGAGACAGUCCGUAUCUUCUUUGGGAACGCCGGUCCUAACCUGACAAGCUCGUUCCAUGUUAUUGGGAGUAAUUUCAGAAAACUAUACCGUGAUGGUGAUGUUGUGAGUGCUCCUGGACAGUAUGUACAGACUACCAAUGUUCCUCCGGGUAGUGCUACAAUCGUGGAUAUGAAAAUGUGGGUUCCGGGAACUUAUACCCUUGUGGACCAUGCUAUAUUCCGUCUUGAUAAAGGCGCUGUGGGAUAUCUGAAUGUUACAGGCAAACCAAGACCUGAUAUUUAUUACAGUACAGAGAGUCCUGCGCCCUGUGUUGGAUGUAAGUUGCAUCCUUGAUAAACGGGUUUAUCCUGGCGGCUAUGUACUUCAUGAUCUACUCAAAAGUGGUAGUAUGUACCUCAUCUGGUGUUAUGUAUCAGUUGAAACUUUGAUUAUACAAGUGAUAAUUUCAAGUACAAUGGUGGAUUAAUAUGUCAUCGCGUCUCAUGAACGAAUAUCCUGCUCCAGAUACACUCUG